AUGCCACUAAAUUUUUCACUUCGUCACGCAUAUCUUGAAGCUGAGACAGACAUCAGAUCUUUACCAAUGGCUUCUAAUAUAUAUAUUAUUACUCCUAUCCAACAUGAACAAAAGUGUGCAGGGCGAUCGCUGGCAACUCUGCUGGUAUCCUGGGUCGCUGUGACCAUGUUGGGCGCCAUUUUGCUACGCUGGAAGCACAUGUGGAUAGCUUUAACAGUUCUUACGCUUCUUUUCUUGAUGAUGUGUGCUUACGCCAUCAAAAUGAAACGUCAGGUUCGUCCGGAUCAAAGGGACGAACAGUGUAUCAUCCAGGAGAAUAUCAAUGGCGCUGCAGUCGACAAUCCAGAGAUUAGAACCCGGCAAAUUCAAACUGUAUCUGGAUCGGUUGAUGACUUUACGGAGAUCAUCCAGCCUCCAGCGUAUCAAACUUUUUGGAUCAACGACCUGCCGCCAUCUUACUCAGCGGUUAUCGGUGAGCAGGUGCCACCUGUUGGGCCCAGACUAGCACUUCCAAACGACACCUAUGCGACGAUAACUUCAAACCCGCCGCCAUAUUGCGCAGUUUUAAGACUAGAAACUGAUCCAGACAAUGAAAUGUCAUCACAAAAUUUGAACUCAAAAUUUUAG